AUGGAGAAUCUGAUUCAGUUGGUCAACAAAUUACAGAGAGCGUGCACUGCUCUCGGCGAUCACGGCGAGGAGAGCGCCUUGCCUACUCUCUGGGACGCCCUUCCUUCCAUCGCCGUCGUCGGAGGACAGAGCUCUGGAAAAUCUUCAGUAUUAGAGAGUGUUGUGGGAAAGGACUUUUUACCUCGUGGAUCUGGGAUUGUCACGCGGCGUCCUCUUGUUUUGCAACUUCAUAGGAUUGAUGAAGGGAGAGAAUAUGCUGAAUUCAUGCACCUUCCAAGGAAGAAAUUUACUGAUUUUGCUGCUGUUAGGCAGGAGAUCUCUGAUGAGACUGAUAGAGAAACAGGUCGCUCCAAGGGUAUUUCAUCCGUUCCCAUCCAUCUGAGUAUCUACUCCCCUCAUGUUGUCAAUCUGACACUGGUUGAUCUUCCGGGACUUACUAAAGUCGCUGUUGAGGGUCAACCGGAUAGCAUUGUGCAAGACAUUGAGAAUAUGGUUCGGGCCUUUAUUGAAAAGCCGAAUUGCAUCAUUUUGGCAAUAUCUCCUGCCAAUCAAGACCUUGCUACCUCAGAUGCAAUUAAGAUUUCCCGCGAAGUUGAUCCUAAAGGGGAAAGGACAUUCGGAGUUUUGACAAAGAUUGAUCUUAUGGACAAGGGUACUGAUGCAGCUGAUAUCCUUGAAGGGAAAGCAUAUAAGCUAAAUUUCCCGUGGAUUGGUGUAGUUAAUCGCUCCCAAGCUGAUAUCAACAAAAAUGUUGAUAUGAUCGCUGCUCGGCGUAGAGAGAACGAAUAUUUUGCUAAUACCCCGGAAUAUAAACAUCUUGCUAGCAGAAUGGGCUCUGUGCAUCUCGGAAAGGUGCUAUCUAAGCAUUUGGAAACUGUCAUCAAGUCUCGGAUCCCAGGCCUACAAUCACUCAUUAACAAGACUAUCAUUGAAUUGGAGACAGAAUUAAACCGUAUUGGGAAACCUAUUGCUGCUGAUACCGGAGGGAAGUUGUACAUGGUAAUGGAAAUAUGUCGAACUUUUGAUCAGAUAUUUAAAGAUCAUCUUGAUGGCAUACGGCCUGGUGGUGAGAAAAUUUACCAAGUAUUUGACAAUCAAUUCCCAGCAGCUCUGAAACGGCUGCACUUUGACAAACAUUUAUCAAUGGACAACGUGCGGAAACUAAUAACUGAAGCAGAUGGGUAUCAACCUCAUCUUAUCGCUCCUGAGCAAGGAUACCGCCGUCUUAUUGAAUCUUGCUUGGUAUCAGUUAGGGGUCCUGCUGAAGCAGCAGUUGAUGCGGUUCAUGGGAUUUUGAAGGAUUUGAUUCAGAAGUCUAUGAGUGAGACAAUGGAAUUAAAGCAGUAUCCCACCUUGAAAGUAGAACUCGGAAGUGCAGCAGUCGAUUCGUUGGAGAGGAUGAGAGAAGAAAGUAAGAAAGCAACUCUGCUGCUGGUAGACAUGGAGUGUGGCUAUUUGACUGUUGAAUUUUUUCGCAAACUUCCCCAGGACGCAGAGAAGGGUGGAAAUCCAACGCACUCACUUUUUGACAGAUAUAAUGAUGCUUAUCUUCGUCGAAUUGCUACCACUGUCUUGUCCUAUGUGAACAUGGUAUGUGGGAGUCUCAGGCAUACCAUUCCCAAGUCCGUAGUUUAUUGUCAAGUGCGUGAGGCUAAGCGCAGCUUACUUGAUCAUUUCUUCACAGAAUUGGGGAAAAAGGAGGGAAAACAACUUGCUUCACUACUGAAUGAAGACCCAGCAAUCAUGCAGCGCCGAACCUCACUUGCAAAGAGGCUAGAGCUAUACAGAAGUGCACAAACAGAAAUUGAAGCAGUUGCAUGGGACAAGUAG